AGUGGUCGCACUGUCUGACGCGUCCUUUCAUCAUAUUGCAUGUCUGCGGGCAAUUUUUUGUUUAAUUAUUUGUUUUAGUGUAGUGAAUUGUCUUUUUUUUUGUGUGGUAAUGUUGAGUGUGUGUCGUCUAUGUCUGGCCAAAGAUGCCAACUUUGUGGUGUUCAAUCGACAAGUAGCACUUCGAAUAAUGUCUUGCACGGGACUUGACGUCGAGGUCAACGACGGCCUCCCGCAGCUGAUAUGUCAGGACUGUCGACUGCGUCUCGAGGAGUUCCAUUACUUUCGCAAGCGUUGUCAUGCAGCCGAUCGCAGGCUGCGUUGUGCGAAGCGCGUCGAAUGCCGUGGCAACGCCAUGGUAACAAGUGAGCUGCUCGUCGGCGACGAGGAGGAUGCCAUUCACUUGCAGGAUGUGUCUCUUUGUACGGCCACCGCGUGCUCCGAGAGCAAUGCGCACUGGCGUCAGGAGGCAGCCAAAAUGAUACGCACUGAAAUCGAUACGUAUAAGAAGGAGCUACUGGGCAUGUGCAAGCAGCAAGUGCGCGAGGAGAUCGAGCAACAGGUACGAACUGAAGUUGGGGAGCUGAUUCUGACGCAGGCGCGCAAGGAAUGCCGCCUUAAUGUGCUGGACUCGCUCUUCUAUGAGAUUGAAAGUUUCUUUGUUCGCAAACGCAACGCGGUUGUGUGUGAGCAGGCUUAUGGCUCCGAAGGAUUCAUCUCGGACUCUGAGAACGCGGAUCUAGAGAGCAUUGCCACUACGUUGUGUGAGGAGAAUCCCCUCGAACCUGGGCAUGGAUGUGUCGACAGUGGACUUGUUAUCUGAUGGCGAGAAUGCUGCCCAAGCUGCUACCCCACGCAACGUUGGACUGAUCAAGAGGGAGCCGAAGACACCACAGAGGCCAAUUGAACCUGUUGCUAUGGUGGAAAUCAACAUGCAAAACCUUCAAGCGAACAUGCUGCAAGACCAAGAUCCGCAAAGCUCUACUACUGUGGCCAAAAAAAGAGCUGUGGCUUCUAAGCCAUCAAAGUCCAAGUUGUCAUUUAAAUCUCCCGCUACGACGCCAAUUAACAAAA